AUGCAUAAUUCCAACAACAUAUCCGCCGCCCAGAUCCACCAAGACUAUCAGAGACGAGUGAGGGAGGCUGAUCAGGAUGUCGCCGCGAGCGAGACACAAAAUGAAGUCACCGAAGAUGAAGAAUAUGAAGAAGAUCCGAGCGAAUCAGCAGAGCAGAGGAAGAAGCGCAAGCGAAAGGAAGCAGCUGCAUUAGCAAGAAUCAAGCAGAGCAAGGAGUUUGCCCGCCGCAAAUCCCGCCGCACAGGCGAGCCUGAUGGCGAUGGUGACCUUAUCGCCAGGGAGAUGAUGCAUGAGAAAUCUCGACCCCUGCCAGGCCAGCUCGAGAAUUGUGAGCUGUGCAGUAAACGUUUCACAGUCACCCCCUACAGCAAAACUGGCCCCAAUGGGGGCCUUCUCUGUGCCAAGUGCUCCAAAGAAAUAGGAAAUGAUGAGAAGAAGUCGAAGGCUAAGAAGCGCGGACCAAGAACUGGUCGUCGUCAGAACCAAAGCAACUUGCUCGACGGAGUUGCUAGCCAAGGUGCUCUCAGUUUGGUUGAGAUGUGCACGAAGAAAGUUGCCGAUAAUCAUAAUGAGAUUGAAGAAUUUGGAGACCUACCAUCUCGUUUGCUGCAUCGUCUAAGCCAGAUAUUCUCUAAAAGGCGAAUCUUGACUCCAAGAACUUUGAACCUGUUCCUUCGACCCGAAUUAAAUUCAAUUGAUAUUUACGAUGCGGCUAAGCUCGAGACGGACGAUUUCCACAAGAUAUUUGCUAUCAUGCCGGCGCUAAUGCGUGUUAAUCUUCGAUUUGCAGGUCAAAUCAAGGAUAGAGUUAUCGAAUACAUGUUGGAUCGAGAUCUCAAAGUCAGACAGCUGCAGCUUGAUGCCGCCAACCUUGUCUCCGAUUCGUCCUGGCAGCAGCUGUUUCAGAAAUUGGGCUCACAGCUGGAAAGCGUGAAGUUGUCGAAUCUUGACUAUUCGUUCACGGAUGAAACUGUGGAAAGGAUGUGUGAGAGCUGUGUCGCACUUCAACAGUUGAAACUGAAGCAAUGCUGGAAACUUGGCAACGAUUCCCUUAGUGCCAUCUCAACUUUGUCGGCGCUGGAGCACUUGUCCCUGGACUUGGUUCAAGAGACCAGCGGUGAAGUGCUUUUGCAGAUGAUAUCCACCCUUGCCCCCAAGUUGCGUACGCUGUCCCUGGAGGGCAUCUCGAAUGCCGAUGAUCGACUUCUCGACCUUAUCCAUGAGAAAUGCCUCGUUCUCGCCAAACUGCGUCUCACAGAUAAUUCUGUGUUAAGUGACAAGGGUUUCGUCAAUUUGUUCACAGAUUGGGCUAAUGCUCCAUUGAAAUUUGUGGAUUUCUCUUCCACACGAGAUGUGGAUAAUAGCAAUCCGGAUGGCCCCGCGGAUGCGAUUGGAUUUGCGUCCCAGGGGUUCAUCGCACUUAUGAACCACUCAGGCUCGACCCUUCGGAAAUUGAACAUAUCGUCCUGCCGUCAUAUCUCGCAUGCUGCAUUCGAGGAGGUAUUCACGGAGGGCAAGUCAUAUCCUUUCUUGCAGGAACUCGAUAUCUCGUUUCUUACAGUGGUGGAUGAUUUCUUGAUGGGCCGGGUCUUCCGAUGCUGUCCGUCAAUCAAAAAAGUGGUUGCAUUCGCAUGCUUCAACGUGCGCCAAGUCCAUGUCCCGAUUGGGGUGGCACUGAUCGGCGGAUUGAAGGCUCAGGAUUCUAUCGUCAUUGAAGGAACAACUUCUGGUUGA